CACGCGCUCAACAACGUCCUGCAGCGACCCUGCUUCACGCGCGAGGCGGCCGACGAGAUCUGCAAGAGGUUGGCCCCUGAUGCUCGCCUCAACCCCCACCGCAGCCUCUUGGGCACCGGCAACUACGACGUCAAUGUCAUCAUGGCCGCGCUGCAGAGCCUGGAGCUGGCAGCCAUUUGGUGGGACAAACGCCGGUGCGCCUCNNNGUUGGUGUUGGGAGAAAUCCUGGGUUUUAUCCUCAAUGUCCCCUCUCACGUCACGCUGGGUUUCGUGGCGUUACCGCUGCGCCGUAAGCACUGGUUGGCCGUCCGGCAGUUCCGCGGUACCUAUUACAACCUCGACUCCAAACUCCGGGCGCCUGUUCCCAUUGGAGGCGAUGCCGAACUCAGGGCUUUCCUGCGGGAUUUCCUCUCCCAAGGGCUCUGCGAGGUUUUCCUCGUCGUGCCACGUGCCGUGGAGGAAACCGGCGCCUGGCUGAGCCCUGAGUGA